AUGCUUGACAGUGUUAAAUCAACUGGGUUUGGAUUGGCUGCUGAGCCACCUGAAGUAGUUAAUCCGAACAAACAGCAUGGAAAGCAGGCUGACAUUUCCAUAUUUCGUGCUCAGCUUGAUGCAUUGGGAUUAAAAAUUAUUCAAGUCACUGCAGAUGAUCAGUUGGAAGGCAGUGACGAUGAGCACAAGAAGUACCGGAGUAUGGUGAACAAACAGCAUGGAAAGCAGGCUGACAUUUCCAUAUUUCGUGCUCAGCUUGAUGCAUUGGGAUUAAAAAUUAUUCAAGUCACUGCAGAUGAUCAGUUGGAAGGCAGUGACGAUGAGCACAAGAAGUACCGGAGUAUGGUGAUGGAUAAAAAAUGUGUUCUGGAUGAAUGUAAUAGAUGUUUAGCUCUGAUCAGUAUAGCUGGAGCUAAGGCCAUAUCUGACACAAAAACCUAG